GGACUAGGGCUAGGGCAGAGGGCGGAACUUUGGGGCCCGGCGCGACAGGGUGGCCGGAAGGUACGGUGUGGACCGCGCUGCGAGCGCGCGAGGCGGAGAAAAGCGGCCGGGACUCCUCAGUGGGCCCGAGACCCCAAAUCCGGGACAGGACGUCCCCAGCCUGGCCCGGCUAAGCGCCCAACCCCCCUACCACGCGGGGCGCUCAAAGGAGGAAGGGGGAAGGUCCAGGCCCUGUUGGUUCGGGACAUCUGGGGCCGCCUCACACCUCACGCUUUCUUACAGCGUCCUCUCUGUCGGAGCGCCGGGGCAGGUAGCGAGGCCGGGGCCUGCCCCCGGGUUGUAGAUGGCUGGAUUUCUAUAGUAUUUCUAGUAUGAGUACCAGAUCUUGGCCUUUUAUCCAACUUCAACAGUCUUCUUUCCACCUCCUGGAGAAUAAAUGGGAUUUGCAUGAAUGCCACAUUCUGAAUUGAAAGACACGGACUGCAUUGCUAAUAGCCUUUUCUUCUGAUUGUUAUUAACAGCUCCAGAAAAUUAAAUGUCGUCAGAAGACCGAGAAGCUCAGGAGGAUGAAUUGCUGGCCCUGGCAAGUAUUUACGAUGGAGAUGAAUUUAGGAAAGCAGAGUCUGUCCAAGGUGGAGAAACCAGGAUCUAUUUGGACUUGCCACAGAAUUUCAAGAUAUUUGUGAGCGGCAAUUCAAAUGAGUGUCUCCAGAAUAGUGGCUUUGAAUACACCAUUUGCUUUCUGCCUCCACUUGUGCUGAACUUUGAACUGCCACCAGAUUAUCCAUCCUCCUCCCCACCUUCAUUCACACUUAGUGGCAAAUGGCUGUCACCAACUCAGCUGUCUGCACUCUGCAAGCACUUAGACAACCUGUGGGAAGAGCACCGUGGCAGCGUGGUCCUGUUUGCUUGGAUGCAGUUUCUUAAGGAAGAGACGCUAGCAUACCUGAAUAUUGUCUCUCCUUUUGAGCUCAAGAUGGGUUCUCAGAAAAAGGUGCAGAGAAGGACGGCUCAAGCCUCCCCUAACACAGAGCUAGCUUUUGGAGGAGCUGCUGGAUCCGAUGUAGACCAAGAGGAGGUUGUGGAUGAGAGAGCUGUGCAGGAUGUGGAAUCGCUGUCGAGUCUGAUCCAGGAGAUCUUGGACUUUGAUCAAGCUCGGCAGAUCAAAUGCUUUAACAGUAAAUUGUUCCUGUGCAAUAUUUGUUUCUGUGAGAAGCUGGGUAGUGAAUGCAUGUACUUCUUGGAGUGCAGGCAUGUGUACUGCAAAGCCUGUCUAAAGGACUACUUUGAAAUCCAGAUCAGAGAUGGCCAAGUUCAGUGCCUCAACUGCCCAGAACCCAAGUGCCCUUCGGUGGCCACUCCUGGUCAGGUCAAAGAGCUAGUGGAAACAGAGUUAUUUGCCCGUUAUGACCGCCUUCUCCUCCAGUCCACCUUGGACUUGAUGGCGGAUGUGGUAUAUUGUCCCCGCCCCUGCUGCCAGCUGCCCGUGAUGCAGGAGCCCGGCUGCACCAUGGGCAUCUGCUCCAGUUGCAAUUUUGCCUUCUGUACCUUGUGCAGAUUGACUUACCACGGAGUCUCUCCAUGUAAGGUAACUGCUGAGAAAUUAAUAGACUUACGAAAUGAGUACCUGCGAGCAGAUGAGGCCAAUAAAAGGUUUUUGGAACAGAGGUAUGGCAAGAGGGUAAUUCAGAAGGCACUGGAAGAGAUGGAAAGUAAGGAAUGGCUAGAAAAGAACUCAAAGAGCUGCCCGUGUUGUGGGACUCCCAUAGAGAAAUUGGAUGGCUGUAACAAGAUGACUUGUACUGGCUGUAUGCAAUAUUUCUGCUGGAUUUGCAUGGGUGCUCUCUCUAGAGCAAACCCUUAUAAACAUUUCACUGAUCCUGCUUCCCCGUGUUUUAAUCGGUUGUUCCAUGCUGUGGAUGUUAAUGGAGAUAUUUGGGAAGAUGAGAUUGAAGACUAGUUAACUCCUACUGCUCAAGAUAAGGAAGUGGAAUGGUUUACCCUAACCUUGUGUCAAGUACACAAAAAACUUGGCAGGAUACUUAGGGUACCAUUUAUUCACUUAUCCUUUGUAGAAGGUGUGGAAGAACAAGGUUUAUAUUUCCGUGUGGUACUACUGAUUAAGGCACAUGCACAUGUUUUUCAGUGUAACAUAGAGAAAGUUAUAAGCCAAAGGUUCAGAAAAUGAAAACUAGAGAAUAUUAAAUACUACAGUGUGCCCGAAGCUCUGAAUAGUUAAACAGUAAAUAUUUAUUUUUAUUUUCUUCCCUAAGCUUUAGGUGAGGAGAGGAGUCAAGAGUUAAACUUACAGACCUUUUUAUCUGAAAGCAUGCCUCUAGGACAUUAUGUGGGAGUCCCCUCAGUACUACUCCUUAUGACUGGGGUAGGUAGAAAGAAGCCUUAUGAAAAUUGUACCAAGAGCCUGAUGUCAUUUAGUCCAUGUCACAUUCCCUUCACCCUAAGUUUCUGCCGAGUGACUUUUCUUUGGAGGAAGCCCUUUACUCAAUAACUGAUUGGAUGACCCAGUGUCAUUUUGAUCUACUGCUUUUCAGAAUAGAAAUUUAUAGAUAAUUUACAAAAUCUUUUUAUUGCCACAAACACUGUGGGUUAGCUGGUAUUUAUUAGUGGUAUAUGGUCCACUGGUUUUGAGCCGAGUCUAGAAUUUAAUGAUAGUGGCUCAGAAGAAUUUGAGUCCUAUUCAGCUCUUCUGGGCAGUAGACCCUGGAUUCAAAAUGACUUGUCUUUGCUACCUUUUGUUCAACGCUCUCUCCCUUCACUCGUGCCCUACCUUCCAUCAGUGAGGACAGUUUUAAUAUUAACUGCAGCAGCUCAUAUUUUUAUUUCUGCUGGAAUAGGAGAAAGCCUAAUAUAUUCCCAAGCUGAACAAGCUGUAUUUUUUAAAAUUACCUCUAUUUUGAACUCCACACCAUUGUAGUUAUAGUCGUGAUUUUCUGAAUUCUUUUCAAAGGUCGUCUCUAAUGAGCUAUGGAAAUUUGGCUUCCUACCGUUUUUUGCAACAGCACUAUUUUGGGGGAUAAUUUUGGCUUGAUUCCUAGAUCCCUGUUUCUGGAUUUUGAUGGUUUUUUGAAAAAUUGUCUUUCCUUGUGGUUUGGUGAAUGGCUUGGUAGCAAAAUAUUUUUUGAAAAAGAGGACAGAGGGAUACAGCUGCAGCUGUGAUGUUCUUUUUUCCCAAUGUGUCAUUGAAAAUUGGGGAAUCACUUUUAACCAUUUUAUGCGUGUGUAUCCAGAGUCAGCGAGGACUGUUUCUGGAUUGUCAACGAGGCUGCUUAAUCUUAAAAAUAAAAAUAAUUUAAAAAUUGUCUUCUAA